CGGUGCCGCCAUGGCCGCGGCCGGAGCGGGGCCGGCGCUGCUGGGCUGCCUGAGUUUGUGUCCCUCCUUAAGGCUUUUGGGAUCCCUGCCCGCUGAAAGCACCCGUGCCAUUCGUGAGGAAACAUCGUUCCUUAAGAGGAGACUCUCAGUCCUGAAGUUUGUCACUGCUUUGUGAGAUUCAGGAAAACCUUCAGAAGCCUAAAAUGGAAAAAAACAACUUGAAAGGAAAUGCAGCAGCCGUGGAUAUUUGUGACCUCAGAAAAGCAACUGAAAGGACUGAACUUGGGCUGAGAAAACAAGCUGAAAAUUAUUUCAGUGCUAUAGAUGGCCAAGAGUUAACUCUUUCUUCAGCUGGUAAUAAAGAAGUAAAUUCCACAGAGCCCCCUAAGUGGAGCCCUUUUGGUGCCUGUCAGCAGCAGCUGGUUCUGCCCCGAGUGGAGCCCCAGGCUGUGCAGAGGAGCAGCAAAUCAGCCCCAGGGCUGUGCCAGGGCCCCCAGCAGCAGGUGGAAAUGGAUUUUAAAAUCAUGCUUGACCCAGAGAACGUGGAGAAUAAAGCUGGUUUAAAACAUCCCAACAAUGAGACCAGGCUGCCACUUAUAGCUAAGAAAAAAUCUGCUCCUGUGUGCAGUCAGAAGACAGGGAAGGAUCCCACAGCCAGCAGCCCUUGGCCUUUGCCUGCCUUUGUGUCCCUGGGCUCUCCCUUACCCCUGCUGGAAGAGGACACCCCAAAAGCUGGAAUUGCUCAGGAGUUUCAUCUUCUUGCAGGUGCCCUGAGCCUCCCUGGCCAGAGGCUCAUCCUCCCAGCAGCACAGAGAGCUCUGCCAGCCCCUCCUGCCCUGCCCAGAGCAGCUCCUUUCCCUCAAUUCCCCAGGCAGCACAAGAAACCAGCUCUAGGAGAGAUCAGUAGCAGGCUGGACCCUGAGAACACAGACACCAUCACCUUCCCAAAGCCAAAGGAAGCAAUUUAUGGCACAUAUUCCUCUAGCAAAGGGAACACUGCACCACUCCCAUCCAGCAAUUCCGUGGUUUCAGCAAGGAAACCAAGGCCAGAGUGGAGGUGUCCAGCUCAGCAGUUGGAAUCUGAGGUGCACAUUCCCCCUCAGACACAGCCCCCACAAACAGCUCAACCCUUCCGGGCUCCCUGUUUGGACUGGGACAGUGCAGUUCACCAGAAAGCUCCAGGUGUUCUGACCCUCCAACAGCUCCAUCAUUCCUCUUGGGGGAGCACUGUGGGGUUUGUGGAGCCCACAGAAAAGCUCCCCAAAGACCACUCUGUCCCCCUGGCCACCAUCAACAGCCAGAAGUUGGCACAGAUCACCUCGGACUUGGAUUUUAAAGAGAAUCCCAGCAAAAGUGACAUUUUGUCCGUGAUGAAGAAUCAUCCAGCUGUGGCAAAGAGCCCAAGCCGAGCUGGCCAGAGCUGCAGAGGGCAGGGGAGCAGCACAGGGGCUGCUGCAGGGGGGCACAGGGAGGGUCCCAGCCCUGUGCCAGGCCCAGGACAGCAGCAGCAGCGGGCAGCAGGUCAGCAGCAGUGGGCUGCAGGUGUGAUCAGCAGUUCCUGGCGCUCCUGGAGUCACCUGGCUCGGCUGAGGGGUGCCCUGAGGGAAGCACGCCGCAGACACCUGGAGAAUUUCUGCAGCAGGGCCAAGCAUCUGGCAGCCAACUGGAAUCGCAUCAGGACCUCCAGGAGGACUAUUAUCCAUAUCCCAUCAUUAGAGCUGUCCCAGGUCCUGGGGAGCAGCAGGUGAGUGAUCCCAGCUCAUUUCCCUCCUUCCCCUUCAGGAUAUUCCCAGCACAUCCGUGAGCACAUCCCUGACCUUGCUCUCCAGCAGAACCUGCAGAUGGGGAGGCUCUGUGACAUCCUGGAUGCCAACGUGGACGUCAUCUACAUCUGCCCCCUUGCUCUGAGUGAGGAGUUACUGCAGUAUUACAAUAAACUCCUGGGUCUGCAGGCAGCUGUUAGAUCUGGGAACCCUGAGGACAUGGCUGACCUGCAGGACAGGUUCAAAAUUCUCACCCCUGAAGCUAUAAACAGCUUCCCUGAGCAUCACAUGUGCCUGGCCACUGUGCUCAAGUACAGCCCCAGGACAAUGCAGAGGCUCCAGGCUCUGCUCCAGGGCAGGGUUGCCUACAUGGUUGGGGGUGUUCCCCACCUGGAUGAUCUGGCUGUGGCUGACCAGCUCCAGGUGCCACUUUUGGGCUCGGAGCCUGCAGUGGCUCAGCUCUACAGCACCAAGUCUGGCAGCAAGAGGAUCUUUGCCAGUGCUGGAGUGCCAGUCCCUCCUGGAGAGCAGGACAUCCACAGCAGGGAGCAGCUGCUCCGUGCCCUCAGCCAGCUCGUCCUGGACCACCCGGAGGUGCAGCGCUGGCUCCUCAAGGUGGAUGGCGAGCGUGCAGGAGAUGGCACUGCCUUCUGUGAUGUCACUGCCCACCUGGAAUGCUACCCCUGGAUCCAGAGGGAGCAGCAGGGACACGGCCCCGCGGCGUGGAGCGACAGCCAGGCCCGCGAGCUAGCUUUGGUGAAGAUCUCCCAGGAGCUGCCGGGCCUUUUAGCACAGCACGUACAGCCAGUCAAUGAGAAACGAUUCCCUACAUGGGAAAAAUUCCUCCAAACAUUUCUUACUCAAGGUGGGGUGAUCGAAGCCUUCCCGUCCUCGGGCAGCGUCACCAACCUGACGGUGGAUCUGCUGAUAGAGCCCACGGGGGAGCUGACACUGCUGGCAUCUGGAGAGCAGCUCCACGCUGAGGGGCCCCUCAGGUCUUCUGGCACCACCAUCCCACAGCGCUCCGUGGAUCCUGAGCUUCUCCAGGCUCUCUGCCUGCAAAUUGGGGAGGCCUGUAAAUCCAAAGGAGUGCUCGGCUACUUCUCCGUGGACUUCGUGGCUUUCACCCAUCCCCAGACGGGGGAGCAGCAGGUGUGGGCAACAGACCUUGACCUUUGCUACAGUGACCAGCUGGCCCUGAGUCAGCUCCUGGUGUACCUGACAGAUGGAAAUGUGGAUUGUGGCUCCAGCAUCCUGCAAGCACCUCUGGGAGCAAAGGAGAGCCCAAGCCAACGGGUUCAGCACGAGGGGACAAAACCUCCUGCCCCCAGCAGCCCCUGGUGUGCCGUGGCCAGCAGCCAGCUGAGGCAUUCCAGCCUCUCAGGGAUCUCCUACAGCCUCCUCUUCCACAUCUGCAAAGCUCAUGGGAUUGGAUUUGACCUCCAGGAAAAACAGGGAACAGUUUUUGUGUUGUAUGAAGACCAGAAGCGACACAGCCUGGGAAUGAUAACAAUCGGAGAGGAUCUCCAGGGGGUCCUCCUGACCUUUGCUCGCAAUCUCUUCAUCAUCCAUCAAGAAAUAUCAGCACCUAAUAUGCAAGGCGAGACCAAUUUUAAGAUGGCAAUUCGAGAUAUUGAAGCAAUUCUAGGAGUUACAGCAGAAAACAAACUGAGAUUGGAAGAAGAGCAACCUUGGGAAGCAGAUGCUCUGACAGAAUAGUUAACAGAAAAUGUUCAAGUGCCUCAUUCCUUAUGCUUCUGGAAACGCUUCCUCAUCUGUAAGAACAGGUUUGGUUUUCCUUCUGAGCUGGUGUGUGAAGUAACAUUAACUGAGACAGAAAAUCUCUGUGGUUCCUGCCUGUGGCACUGGGAACAUCCCACCUUUCUUGUUGGAAAGCACAGGAUCAUCCUAAUGCUCCUCGUGUCCCUGUUGUCAUUCCUGGAGUUCAGCACAUGGGUUAAAAUCUCGUUAAUGGGGUCGUGCUGCCUCUGUCACUGACUCCGAGCAGGAGGAGCAGAUCCUCUGAAAAGAGCCCUGGGAGCCCAAAUUCCCUUUCCAACAGGCUGAAAUACUGAGCACUGAAAGGAGAGGAGUGCAGAGGCUCCAGGAGGAGCAGAGGGACGGAGCAGCUCUGCAGGGAGGAAAGGCUGGCACAGCUGGGCCUGUUCACCUGCACAGGAGAAGCUUUGGGCUGAGCUCAGGGUGAAGAUGGAGAGAGGGCACUCAGGAGCACCUGGGGUGCAGGGACAAGGGGCAAUGGCCUCAAACUGGAGGAGAUUGGGGUUAGCUGGGAUCUCAGGAAGGAAUCCUUCCCUGGCACAGGUGCCCAGAGCAGCUGGGGCUGCCCCUGGAUCCCUGCAGUGCCCAAGGCCAGGCUGGACACUGGGGCUGGGAGCACCUGGGACAGGGGAAGGUGUCCCUGCCAUGGCAAGAGGGUUGGAUCUGGGUGAUUUUUAAGGUCCCUUCCAACUUGAACUAUUCCAUGGAUCUUUUGUCUAUAAAUGCUUUAAUUUAAACCCCACUUCAUCAGUAAUCCCAGCAACCCACAUUCCCCUGCAGAGCCAUCUCUAUUGUUAUGCUGCUUUUUCUGUUAUCUAAAGACUUUUGCAGCAGUUCUUUCGUGGUCAUUUUCAAAUUAUCAAAAAGAACAGUAAUAGCACUAAUUCAUCAAUAGAAUUCUCCUUGCACUGUGAUUCCCAGAAUUCCAUGACUUUUGCAGGUCUGUCCAUCUGUAUUUUGGACACUGGUGACCCUUUUGGUCACAACUGCUGUGCACUGUUGUUAAAGGACAACAUUAUAUUUGUAAAAUCACCUUUAUCCAUCAAAUCUUUAAUAUCCCAACAGAUAACACAUUCCACAUUUUACUAAGGAAGAGCAGAUCUCACUGCAUGGAGCUUUUAUCCUAGGAAUGGCAAGUAUCCUUGGGAUUAGUUCCCAAAAAGCUCAGGCAAAACCAGUUUUAACACAAAUACUAAACAAUACCAAGCAGUUGCACGAGAUCAGCACCCAGUUUUUCUGAUAGCAAAUCUUUGAUCCCUCAGCAUGAGACAUUCUUUUCUGUGGAGUUUGUUCCUCUUCUACUUUGAUCACAGAAUUAAUUCAUUGCAGAUGAAAACAUUUGCAUAAAUGCUGGUUACUGCUUCAAAUAAAAAUCCACA